AUGGAGGUAGAAGAUUUACCGAAUGUGCAUGAUUUCGAGGCUUACGCAGCAAAAGCGAUGCCUGAUCUUGGACUUGAGAUCGAGGAUUUUCAAGCUCAAACAUGGCGUAUUGAACAUUGGAGUCAACAAGCAAAGAGAAUAGUUGGUCCUGAAUUCAGUUGUGGUGGACAUAAAUGGCGCAUCUUACUGUUCCCACAAGGAAACGCAAAUGGACAACCAAAUGAUAUGGUUUCUGUAUAUCUGGAUUAUGCGAAUCCUAAAACGGCACCGGAAGGCUGGCAUGCUUGUGCUCAAUUCUGUUUAGCAAUUUCAAAUCCUUGGGAUUCGACUAUCCAAACAUCAAGUCAUGCGCAUCAUCGAUUCGUUGCUGAAGAGUGUGAUUGGGGUUUCACCCGUUUUGUCGAUUUGAGAAAAUUAUACACAGCCGAUACAGCAAAUGGCAAAUCACGGCCAACGAUUGAGAAUGACGAAGUAGAAAUCACAGCGUUUGUGAGAGUAUUGAAAGAUCCUACAGGUGUAUUGUGGCAUAACUUUGUCAAUUACGAUUCAAAGAAAGAGACCGGACAUGUGGGAUUGAAGAAUCAAGGUGCUACUUGUUAUAUGAACUCUUUGUUACAAUCACUUUUCUGUACCAAUUUUUUCCGAAGAGCUGUUUAUCAAAUACCAACUGAAGGUGACGUACCUUCAGAAUCCCUCGCAUUAGCCCUUCAAAGAGUUUUCUAUCAUCUGCAAACAUCGAAUCAACCAGUCGGCACGACAGAACUUACCAAAUCGUUCGGAUGGAAAUCACUCGAUUCAUUCAUGCAACAUGAUGUGCAAGAAUUCAGUCGAAUCUUACAAGAUAAAUUGGAAAUCAAGAUGAAAGGUACUCCAGCAGAAGGUGCUAUCCCCAAAUUAUUCAAAGGGUCAAUGAAGAAUUAUAUCAAAUGUAUCGAUGUGGAUUAUGAGAGUUCCGUUACUGAGGAGUUUUACGAUAUUCAAUUGACAAUCAAGGGUAUCAAAAACCUUCGUGAUUCUUUCCGAGAAUACAUCUCAGUAGAGACUCUAGAUGGAGAUAAUAAGUACAUGGCAGAAGGUCACGGUCUACAGGCAGCAAAGAAAGGUGUCAUUUUCAAAGCUCUUCCUCCUGUAUUACAUAUGCAAUUGAGAAGAUUUGAGUACGACGUAGAAAAGGAUGCCUUAGUCAAGAUAAAUGACCGACACGAGUUCCCCUUUGAAAUAGAUCUUGCCGAAUUCCUAGAAGAAGGUGCUGAUCGAUCUCAGUCAUAUGUCUACAAACUUCAUGGUGUCCUAGUCCACUCAGGUGACUUGCACGGAGGUCAUUAUUUCGCCCUCAUCAAACCCGAAAAGGAUGGUCGAUGGUUCAAAUUUGACGAUGAUCGUGUUACCCCUGUGACGGAUAAAGAAGUUUUGGAAGACAAUUAUGGUGGUGAUAUGCUCAACGGUCUUAUUCCUCCUCAUCAACGUACACAAGCUAGAACUCUCAAGAAGUUCACAAACGCCUAUAUGUUGGUAUAUGUACGAGAGACUGAGCUAGAUACUGUUUUGGCACCUUUCACGGAGCAAGAUACACCUUCUCAUCUUAAGGCACGAUUGGAUGCUGAGCGAGAACAAUUGGAAGCUAAACGAAGAGAGAAAGACGAACAACAUCUUUACCUUACUGCUAAAGUUAUCACCGAUGAGAUAUUCUCAAGACAUCAAGGCUUCGACCUGGCUUCUUUCGAUGAUAAAAACCUUCCCGCUACAGAACUCCCAACUUUCAGAGUCUUGAAAACCGAAACUUUCUACACAUUCAAGCAAAGAAUUGCACAUUAUUUCAAAAUCUCAGAAAGGGAUUUCAGGUUAUGGGUGUUGGUAAAUAGGCAAAAUAAGACUGUCAGACCGGAUGUACCAAUUCAUGACUCAGAGAAUUCACAAACGAUGGACCACAUUCGAAAUAGUAUGGCAGCGAGAGCAUCUGAUCUUCGACUAUAUCUCGAUUACAACCCUGAUCAUGCCAAAUUCAAUGCCAUCCAUGCUGAUCCAAACAAUGCACCCAUCAUGAUCUUUUUGAAAUGGUUCGACUGUUCAAGACAAACUUUACUUGGUCAGGGUAAAGUCUUUGUUAACAAAAUCAACAAAGUCAGCGAUUUACAAGGUGUCAUUCAAGAGAAGAUGGGUUGGCCAAGUAGUACCCCUAUCAAACUCUAUGAGGAAAUUAAAGCUGGUAUGAUCGAAGGAAUGAAAACGAAGCAGACAUAUCAACAAAACGAAAUUCAAGAUGGUGACAUCAUAUGUUAUCAGGUCGACAUGACCGACAAAGAGGUUGCGGAUCUUGAGGCCCAAUCGUUAUAUUCCACUGUUCCUCAAUUCUACGACUUCCUUCAAAACCGAGUUUUAGUACAAUUCAAGUCACGUUAUGAGGAUACUACUGGCAAAGCACCAGACUUUGAUCUCAUGCUUAGUAAGAAAAUGACGUAUGAUAUUAUGGCUCAUCGAGUAGGGGAUUACUUGAAACACGAUCCACUCAAACUUCGAUUCACCUCUUCGAAUCCUCAAUCCGGAACUCCUAAGGCUAUCAUCAAACGAUCACUAAACCAAAGUGUAGCAGAUAUCACUCAAACGAAUUACUACAGUCAACAUCCUAACGUCAUCAUAUAUUAUGAACUAUUAGAUAUCAGUAUAAUCGAGCUGGAAACUAAGAAAUCAUUGAAAGUAGUGUGGACAGGACGUAAUAACAAAGAGGAAGCUACAUUACCAUUCUUAUUACCCAAGACAUCAACAUUUGCAGAUGUCGCCGAACAACUGAUAAGAUCCGUCAAGAUCUCUGCUGGAGGAAGUGGUAAAAUCCGAAUAUUCGAUAUCUCUCAAUCAGGUAGAUCACAACGUGAAUACACUGGAUCAGAGAUGAUCGGAAAUUUAACUGAACCAGCGGAAUUAUACGCCGAGGAAAUCCCAAUUGAAGAAUUAGAUGCCAUCGCUUCUGCAACGAAUGGAAACGAAGGUACAAAGGUAGUGAACUUGUUCCAUUAUGCAAGAGAUCCAAGUAGGAUACAUGGUGUUCCAUGUAAAUUUGUUCUAAAAGAGAACGAACCUUUCUCAGAAACCAAGACUAGGUUACAACAACGUAUUGGCGUCUCAGAUAAAGACUUCGUCAAAUAUAAAUUCUCUCUAGUCACUUCAACGGUGUUUAAACAACCUUCUGUUGUCGAGGACAAUGACGUGCUUUACGAUCACAAAUGGGUCGCAGAUGACGCGUUAGGAUUAGAUCAUAUGGAUAAGAGACCAAACAAAGUUAACGCUGAGAAAGGGAUUGUGAUGCGAUAG